AUGUCGACAUCUCGUAGUCGCAGUCGUAGUCGUAGUAGUAGUCGAGGUCGAGGUCGAACAUCUUCAUCAAGAUCGCGCUCCACUUCGGCAUCGCGCUCACCGCCAGCUCGACGAGCACGUGCAGCUGAGCGCAGUCCACGACGACCAGACCAGGCUGGGAGAGGUGCGAAGCAGGAAGAGAUGAGGACCGUGGCUGUGGGUGGACUUAGCAAAGCUGUGCAUGCUCGUCAUCUCGAAUAUAUCUUUGGAGAAUACGGAUCCAUCGAGCAUGUUCUAUUGCCGCGGUACAAGCUGUCGGGAGAGAACAAAGGCGAAGCUUACAUCGUCUACCGAACGCCGGAAGAAGCGAGCAUGGCAAAGUCGUACAUGCACGCGGGUCAGAUCGACGGAUGCGUGAUCAGCGUAGAAUUGAGCUCUUUGCCU